AUUUAACCGGACGCUACGUCUUAGUUCUCGGACAUCUCAAACGAAAGAAAGCGUCGGUUCUACUAAUUCAAGGCUGGUGGAAUAGGUUCUCUACAGUACAAUGCUGCUAAGUUUGUGUACUCUGAUGACAUUUGUAUGGGGACUACCCGGAUUUUCUGCCUCGUACGUGCCCUGUGAGCCGUGCGAUCAGAAGGCUAUGUCAAUGUGUCCUCCGGUAAGGCUUGGGUGUCAAGUGGUGAAGGAGCCCGGCUGCGGAUGCUGCUUGACCUGCGCACUGACCGAGGGGCAGGCGUGUGGAGUCUACACGGGCACUUGUGGACAGGGACUGCGUUGCUUGCCUCGGAAUGGGGAGGAAAAGCCACUGCACGCUCUGCUUUACGGCAAAGGAGUUUGCAUGAACGAGAAACUAUACAAACCCAGAGAUCACGAGUCACAUGAAGACACCCACGUUACAGAGGUAACAGAGGAUCUUCUUCCCCUGGCCAAAGUUCCAUUAUUCCAACGAGACCACAUUAACAGCAAGAAGGCUCUGGCCAUGCGAAAGGAUCAGAAGAGACAGGAGGCUAAACUCAGGAUUAGGGGCAAUUCUGAAUACCCGCUCUUCAGAAAAGUCAAACAUCAGUCUGACAUUGGUCCAUGCCGAAGCAAGCUGGAUGGAAUUAUCCAGAGAAUGAAGGACAACUCAAGAAUCAUGGCUCUUUCAUUGUACCUGCCUAACUGUGAUAAGAAAGGCUUUUUCAAGCGCAAACAGUGUAAACCCUCCAGGGGGCGCAAGCGAGGCAUCUGCUGGUGUGUAAACAAGCAUGGAAUUCAGAUGCCGGGCACUGACUUUAAUGGAGGCAACAUCCAAUGCAAAGAUCUUGAAAGCAACAGCAACAACAACGAAUGAGACUACUCAAAUUUGGGCGCGUAACAAUUUCAUUGUACACUCACUUUCAUCUACCAUAUCAUGUGAUUUGCCAAUCAUUUCUAAUCGUAA